UGGUGAAGAAGAUCCGAUGGAUAUUAUUAACUUCACUCUUUGUUUCUUCAUUUUAUCGGUUUGGUUCAAGGCUAAAGCUGAAACUAUACCCACAGACAUCACCUUUACAGAUACCAUGCUGACAGAAACAGCUGAAGUGGUAACAAUCCCUUUAUGCGAUGCCAAUGAGACUUGUCAGCCUGUUACACCAGAUUUUGCGGCAGGCGCCUUCAGUGCCUUUAGUGUAAUUAUAGUGUCUGAAUUCGGUGACAAGACUUUUUUCAUAGCUGUCGUUUUAGCCCUGUCUCACUCCGUAAUCUCGGUGUUUGGUGGAGCAAUGCUUGCUUUAAUCCUCAUGACAGCACUUUCGGCUGGACUCGGGCUUGUAUCUUCUCUGAUUCCAGUAAUAUGGAUGCAUUAUUUAUCAGCACUUUUAUUCUUUCUUUUUGGGAUUAAAAUGCUUAGGGAAGGUUAUUUAAUGAGUAGCACUGCCGGUAAAGAAGAAUUUGAAGGUGUUCAAAGAGAUCUGGAUACCAAGAUGGCUGCUAAGGCAAAAGAUCUAGAAGCAGGGAGUCCUAAAAGUGUCAUUCGAUGGGUAUUCUUGGAAGCGUUCGUGAUGACUUUUCUUGCCGAAUGGGGUGACAGAUCUCAGAUAACCACGGUGAUCUUAGCAGCUAAACAUAGUGUGGUAGGUGUUGUUUUGGGAGCCGUUCUUGGACAUGCAGUUUGCACGCUAGUUGCUGUAAUGGGAGGCAAAAUAGUUGCUGAUCGAAUCUCUCUCCGUGUGGUGACAAUAGUUGGAGGAAUAUUAUUUCUUGCAUUUGCUGUAUACUCACUUCUGGGGAUUGCAGAUAACUCCUCGCCACCUCUGAGUUCUUCAUAAGAUUCUCCAAAUGUUUGAGUUCAUUUUAACUGUUUAAGCAGAUUCUCAUCAUUGUGAAUAACAGUAUUUAUUUUCAACGAAUAUUUGCGUGCGUAUAAAACAUUUCAUUGAAAUUAAUUACGGAUAAUUUUGUUCAACAUUAUAUUUAAUUACUUGUAUAUGUAAUAAAUCAUUUUUUUCAGA